AUGCAUGUCACGGCCUGUCACCAUGGCUGUACUACCGCGAGAAUUGCGGGUGGGAGUCUUUGUCGAGUCCGGCUAACAACUCCUUCAAUUCAACCGAGCAAUUGGUAUCGUUCCGCCAGCUCGAGCGCAACGCCAGCUGCCCAGGAGCCCGUGAUCUUCUCCGGUAUUCAGCCGACCGGAGUUCCGCAUCUGGGUAAUUAUCUGGGCGCUCUUAACGAGUGGGUGAAGUUGCAAAAUAAUGCAAAGCCGGGAACCAAGUUGUUCUUCUCCAUCGUGGACCUUCAUGCAUUGACUAUACCUCAAGAUGCAGCUCAGCUGAGGAAAUGGCGAAAGGAGGCAUUUGCUACAUUGUUGGCCGUGGGUCUUGACCCCAAGAGAUCUACCAUCUUCCAUCAAUCUGCAGUACCGGCGCACACCGAGCUGAUGUGGAUUCUCAGCACAGUGGCUUCUAUGGGAUAUCUUUCACGGAUGACUCAGUGGAAGAGCAAGCUUCAGCUACCCGAUGAUGCCACUCUAGAGGAUUCAGAGGCUCGGGCUCAGCUCCGGCUCGGUCUUUUCUCCUAUCCCGUCCUACAGGCUGCAGAUAUCCUUGUCCAUAGAGCUACCCAUGUCCCAGUUGGCGAAGAUCAGCGACAGCAUCUUGAAUUUUCUCGAUAUACUGCUAAUAGUUUCAACCACCUCUACGGGCCAAUUUUUCCUGUUCCGGAAGCACUGAUCUCUCCUGCAAAGCGAGUGAUGUCUCUGAAAGAGCCCACUUCUAAGAUGUCCAAGUCUCAUCCCGAUGAACGAUCCAGAAUCAUUCUCACAGACUCACCCAGUGUCAUUCACAAGAAAGUGAAGGUCGCCCUCACGGAUUCGGAGCCAACUGUUGCUUACGAUCCGGUGCGUCGACCUGGGGUGUCCAACUUGAUUGAAAUCCUAAGUCACUUCGAGGGUGUAUCAUGUGAGAGUAUUGCCUCUGAAUACCACACCGCGAGCCUACGGGCGUUGAAGGAACACGUUGCCACUCGAGUGGUCUAUCACCUACAGGAUAUUCGGGAGCGGUAUGUUUCCAUCAUGGAGGACAAGAGCGGUUACCUGGACUCGGUUGCUCAGCAGGGGGCCGAGGCUGCGCAGACCAACGCCGGUGAGACCAUGCGACAAAUCCGGGAAGCGAUGGGCCUACCGGAACAACCUACAGGUCGUGUUACAGGCCCUGAAUCGGACGAUUGGAGAUGGUGGCAGGCAACUUCAUGCACCGAGGUCUAUGAUGUCGACACCAGGAACAGCAGUCCAAACCCCAAUCAGGGUCACCUGUGA